AGAACUUUGCUCAAAUACGUGUUCACUCGGGAGUUGUUCGUUGACACCCUGCGAUGGCAGCAGCUGAAAUUGUCAUUCACCGGGAUGACAUUAUCAAAGAAGGCUUCCUCGUCAAGCAGUCAAAGCACAUGAAAGAAUGGAGAAGGCGGUGGUUUGUCCUCACACCGCAAUACUUGUGCAGCUUUAAGAAUCAGGGCGAGUACAGAAACCCAACGGAGCACAUCAGGCUGGCAGAAUGCUCCACUGUCAAGUCAGCCGACGAGGACACCGGCAAAGAGAAUUCCUUCCGAGUGGACACACCAGGGCGAGUUUUCUACUUGAUUGCAGAUUCAUCGUCGGACAAGGAGUCGUGGAUUGGCCACAUUGGACGCCAGAUGGUUCGACCGGCAGUACUCAUGGAAGACCACGGCUUUGAGUGAGUAGCCUUUACUCAUCGUCAACUCGAGCAAUCGAGGCGAGUCUCAAAAAAUGAUGUCACCAGAUCAGACAUGCUGCUGCGCAUGCAACCUUUUGCUGAAGCCAGCAAGUUGUGCUUGAGCUGCUCGGUUAGUGUACAGGACUUUCUGCGUGCAGGCGCAG